CACUGGCCGCAAGGUGAUGUAAGAGCUUACCCCAGGUGAACCGUCAGCAUUUUAGUUACUGCAUGUGAACUCCACAAACAGCCAUUUACGCAGUUUAUUGCCCUCUCCCUUGUAGCCCGUUGUACUCAUCAUUUUUGGUUGUAACUGUCCUCUUGUGUGAUCACAUGCAGAAGAAGGAGGUGGCGAGACGCUUUCACUGUAUAAAAAGGGAGCAGCACCGGUCCCAGUACCUUGUGCUUCUCUCAGCUUGCCUCAGCAUCUUAUCUCUCACUCUCCGACACACCAACGCUACCAGAAAUGGCCUUCGCUGGAAAAUGGGAACUGGAGUCUCAGGAGGGUUACGAUGAAUUCUGCAAGUUGGUUGGAAUACCUGACGACGUCAUCCAGAGGGGUCGUGACUACAAGCAGGUCACAGAGGUCACGCAGAGUGGGAAUGAUUUUAUCUGGACUCAGCAUUACCCUGCCAACCACAAGGUCACCAACAACUUCAGCAUCGGCAAAGAGUGCGAAAUGCAGACCAUUUCCGGAAAGAAAUUUAAGGCCACCGUAAACAUGGAGGGAGGCAAGAUGACUGUGAGCUUCCCCAACUAUCACCAAGUCAAUGAGAUCAGCGGGGGCAAGCUCAUUGAGACCUCCACAGCAGGAUCUGUCGUGCUGAAGAGAAUCAGCAAGAAGAUCUGAAUCCUAACUGUCCUUUCACAUUUUGUACAGUUAAAAAGGAGAGUUCAAAACUGUAGAAAUGAGCAAUAAAUUCUCAUACCAACA